AAACUAUUUUCACAACUACAAUUAAAUACAUUUAUUGAGAUCAGCAAUGAAAAAAUGGCAUAUCCUUCCUUCGAUGUCGAUAAAAAGUACACUGUCAUGCAGAAUAUUGGAAAAGGAAGUGCUGGGAGUGUCUUCAUGUGCAAGUCGAAACGUGAUCACAAGACCUAUGCAUUAAAACAGAUAUUCUUGGACAAACGGAAAAAAUCUCGGAGUAAAGAAAUUGUCUUGAGAGAGGUUCAAAUACUCCAGAAAUUAGAUCAUCCUCAUAUUGUCCACUAUCUUGAAGCGUUUUUCGACAGAAAACAAGACAACUUAUUCAUCAUUCAGGAUUACUGUGCGAGAGGUUCCCUUCAUGAGAAAGUUAAAGCUUCAAGACAGAAGAGUGUCCUGAUUCCGGAAAGGCAAAUAAUGGAGUGGUACGUUCAGAUAACGAUGGCGUUGCGGUAUAUCCACGGUAAAAGGGUACUGCACAGAGAUCUAAAGACUCAAAAUGUGUUUUUAACUAAAGCUAACAUGAUCAAAAUAGGAGAUUUCGGGAUAGCCCGAGUAUUAGAGCACACGGUGGACAUGGCAAGUACUUGUGUAGGAACACCCUGCUACCUCAGCCCUGAAAUUUGCCAGGAUAAACCCUACAACUCUAAAUCUGACGUUUGGGCGUUGGGAUGUUUGCUGUACGAGCUUUGCGCAUUGAAACCAGCUUUCAAUGCAUCUAAUUUGGUGAGCCUGUGUUACAAGAUAGUGAAAGGAAGUUACGACGAUAUUCCAGUGAUGUACUCAAACUUGGUGAAGAUGCUGAUCGAGAAGAGUUUGCAGAAAUCCGCAGAGUCCCGGCCCACAGCGACGGCUAUCCUGAAUCUGCCAGAGGUAAAGGAACAACUUUCCGUUUACAUCACCGACAAAGAAACUGAAAGACAGUCGGCUCACCCAGCUAAAAGAGGAAAGCCGGGUAUCAACAACAAGAACCGACGAGUAACGGCCCGACCCAGUGUGGUUAACUUUGGUGCUAACAACUUAAGGGGAGCCGUGAAGAAGCCCAAGAAGUCCACUGGAAAUUCAAAUUCGAAGGUUACCAAGAAGAAAAAGAAGAAAAAGAGCACAGCAGAAUCUCAAGAAGCUGAAGAUGUUAAGAAACUACCCGACGAGAUUGUUCCUUCUAAUUAUAGACCAGAUAGCACAUCAGUAGCCCCUGGUAGACUGCAGGACCCCUUCAGACCUGCAGAUGAUCUGCCGCCCAUCUUAAAACACAAUGCUCUGAUAGGAUACAGUCCCCCGACUAUCCGGAGAGAAGAACCACCUCCUCCUGCACAGGCUUCGCCAAGAAGUUUCCUGAAUCAAGACAAGAAGGUGUUUAUGACCGAAUACCAAACGUCUGACAACAGAGGUUCCUCUCCAGGACCACCUGCCUCUCAUUACCAACCUCCCCCCGCUCCAGUUCCACGUGUCUUCACACCCCCACGUGUCUUCACACCCCCACGUGUCUUCACACCACCACGGGAAGUCGUUCCAAUCCCUCUACCUGCCCCUCCAGUAACUCACGAAGUUGUUGCUGUUCCUAACAGUAAAGUGUCGUCACCAUCAACCCAGCAUAGCAUGGGGACUAUUGAAUUACCUAAACGCGAGCCAGCACCAUUUGCUCCCAAAUCUUCUUCUCCCACAUUUUCAAACAGUAAUGUUGACAGUAGGACUUACGCUAAACCACCUUCAACACCCCUAUUUCGCAUUCCCAAAGCCAACGGCAACAAAUCACGAACCACAAAUACCAAAAAUUCCAUUAAGCUGCUAGAAGUUUCUAAAGGCAGUAUAUCAGAAGAAAGUGUUGAGGUAGAUGGAUCUCUGAUCAAAACGGUGGAGGUCCCAAUCCACAUUACUUCUCCUAUGAACGCUGACAGUAUUCUGAAAAGAGAGGGUGGUGAAGGUAACAUAACACCUCUUCCGGACCUGACCUGCCAAGUACCUGUUCCUCAAGAUCCCCUCUCUGAUUCUCAGGAAAAUGAGCUCUCAGGCAAGCUUCCGGAGGUACUUGAAAGUUGGGGCGCUGGUAUGCCACAAGUGGGAAAUACCAUUGAUAUCGGGCUAUCAGAAACUGGAACACUGAAAGCUCCCUUUCAAGCGAUACAAGAUCAACAGGAACUUCUUCCAGGACAAGUGGCAGUUGGAUGGUCAGUUGCUGGUCCAGGGGAAACACACGGCUUCAUCCCGGAGGAGAUCGAGGGUGCUUUUAACGAAGAAGAAAAUAAACUUAUCACCACCACUCCUGGCACAAUCGGGUUUAUCGUAGAUCAAAAUGCUACGAUAGAAGAUAAUCUGGACCUGAAUCUAGACGAUGUUCCUGACAACCAGUUCCCCAACGUACCUGAGAAAACAGACAACGAUACAGAGGAGGAUCAGUAUGAUGAGGAAGAUGAUGAAUUCCAAUAUUCGGAUGAUUUCGAAGAUUACGAUGAAAUCCCUGACUUUGAAAAUGUUGAGGAUAUACCGGACAUCACUGCCCCAGGCUCGAUGCAGGAAGAAAACGAUGCUGAUUCAGACGAGGAGGACGCGGCAAUAUUCGAGAUGGCCAUGAAGAGCGCAAAAGUGGCCCUUGACAACAUCGAAGAAGAGGAGGAUGAAGAGUUUGUUGAGGACUACGUUAUUCCAACGAGCGCGGGUAACAUUGCAGCUUUACGGCAGUUCUGUGUUAAUACCCUCGGACCAGCACUGUUCAGGGAUGUGCAAGUGGUAUGCCAAGAAUUCGAAGACAACUACGACAGUCACGACACUUUUGUGAAAAACUUGGAGCGAAUUGCUGGGCCUGAUAAACUAGAGAUUUGUCUGAUUGUGGAUGAGUUCUUUGCAGACGAGUGACCUUUGAGUGCAAUGGGAGCUCGAUUUAACGUGUUACCCGCCUUUUCAACCUUUAGUUUCCGUAAAAUGUGCUAUAAAAGAGCUUGAUAGCGAGAACAGACAAUCUGACUAUUCAGUAUUUUCUACUUUACGUUAACGCUAAAACUUAAAGACCAUCCUGGUGAUGGUAAAAUACUGGUAAUAUGGGCUAAAACAGAUCUUUUAGAUAUGUUGGGGGUUUCAUGCUAAUAUUUUUGUACUGAAAUAAUGGGUGAAUAAUUUCAUCGGAAUGAUUGAAGAAGCGCAUCCGAACAUUUGUUAUAUAUAACCUCUGAUUUUUGUAACAGUGCCUCGUGUAAUCUAAACCAUUGUAAAUAAGAUAGAUUUUCUUUUAGAAGCAGAAUCUUAAUCGCCCUUAGUCAGUAAUACUUCUAUAUGUUUUGUUGCAUGUUUUGAGGAAUUUUAAAAGAUUGUUUCCAGUUUCAUAAUGUUAUUGUUAAUGUUAUGUACCAAGCACAGUUAUAAAUUAAACUACAUUGAUAUCCCUAGCUAAAAAUAGCUGUAUAGUUAUUAAGCAAUGCUGAAAUAUGUGAUACGAGUAAAAAUGGGUCCUGUUCAACUUCAAUGUUGAUAAAAUAAGCCUUUCAAGUUUAAAUUAAAAAUUUGAUUACUGGAUGAUAAAGCUUAAAGCAGCUGUAAUCAUAUACUGUUUGAGACUUGGAAAAAUAAUAAGAUUGCCAUUUACGCGUAAUUUUAACCAGAUUACAAAGUACAAACGUUCUUGCGUUUUUUUGGUAUAAAAACUUUAAAAUGAUAAAAAUUGAUUUGAUUUCAAUGCGAAUGU